AUGGAAUGCCACGGCGGUCCGCCAGACGACCCACCGUUUUCCAUCGCUGGGGCUAUUGCCAUUUGGAGGGAUGCCAAUGACAUUCCCUUCCUACCUGUCGUCGGGGAUUUUGCAAUUGGCGACGUAAUCGAAGUCGAGGACGAUAUCGUUGAUCAAAUUGACUGGAUGGAAAUACCUUCCGAAGACAUCAUCGUUUAUCUUGCCAACCUCUGGCCCGAGUGUCAAGCCAUCACUUUUCUAUGGACAACACUGGUAGUGGAGCUGCCACUUGUCAGUGAAGAGCAUCAUUCGAAACGGCUACAGAAUCUCCCUGGGUCUCUCGAAGGGUCCCUCUAUGGGUGUUCGUACAUACUGAUGUUCAACAAUGGUCCGUUACCAAAUGCAGAGAGCAAACGCAAGUCAGAGCUCAACCCGGAUCCCGAACAACUCUUUAGACCCGCUAAUCACAAAGUUGGGGAUCUAUUUCUUGUCGAUUAUGCCACUGGAGUCACACAAACAGUAUGCUACUUUGGGCGACGAUUCACUUUCGGCUGGAAAAGGGAUACCCCUCACGAUUUUGAGACGAGAAUCAGCCAAAGCGAGGACUCGGUCCAUGGGGUCAAGUACAUUGCAUUCAACCAAGCUGCCUUUGUGUCAAACGCACCCGAAACCGCCACGGGCUGCGCAUCCGUGCCUCUUCGAUCUCGCAGCGAAUCACUCAGACAGCGCCAGCCUUCACAGUCAGCUGUACAAGAAUGCGGCAUCCUCCACUUGGCCAAUGAUCAAUUGAGGAGCAGCAGCCGAAUCGACACUUUCAUCAUGUAUGCCGACUCGUAUGAUCCCAAGCUUGAUGAACAAAGCUAA